AUGCCUCAGCUGAAAACGAACGGAAUGGCAACGGCGAACAGUGAGCCAAUAUGGCCUUUUACGACCGUGUCGAAGGUCAGAGAGGUUUGCCGGGAAUACCGCCUGCUCCUUGCUCUAACCUUCGUCGACUAUGAGAAAACCUUUGACAGCGUAGAAACGAAUGCAAUACUGGCAGCGCUGGUCGACCAAGGUGUGGACGCGUCGUAUGUGAGGACAUUAGUCAAUUGCUACGAUCGAUGCACGACUAGGAUACAGCUUUUUCACCGCCCUCUCACCAUACCCAUUGGAAAGGGGAUACGACACGGCGAUACUAUACCGCCGAAGAUGUUCACAGCUGCAUUGCAAUGGAUAAUGAAAUCACUAUCCUGGGAAGAAAGGGGCAUACGUGUUGAUGGAAGAUUUCUUUCGAACCUUCGUUUCGCGGACGACAUCGUUCUCUUUUCGAGCAGUACCAAUGAAGCAGAAACGAUGCUCAACGAAUUGAACGAAGCAGGGAAGAGAAUAGGACUAGGAAUAAACAGAAAGAAGAACGCUUACUGCGAGGACGGAGGAGUACAACUUGAAGGCUCCCAAAUCGUGGAAACUCCGUCAUACGUAUACCUCGGACGUUCUAUGAACAUGGAAAACGACAUGAAGGAAGAACUAAAUAGAAGAAUGAGAGCAGCAUGGGCAGCAUUCGCAGCCGUCAGGGAAGCUACGGACCAACUGACGGACCAAGAUCUUCGUGCCCAUCUGUUCGACUCGACAGUCCUUCCGGCGCUCUGUUACGCAGCAGAGACGUGGGCAGACACCGCGGCCACGUCUAGGAAGCUACUAACCACCCAAAGAGCCCUUGAGAGAUGUCUCCUGAAGUUUAACCGGCGCAAACAACACCUAGCCGGUCUUCGUAGCUCCGACUUUAGAGGAAUGUCCCGUCUUCGCGAUCCAGCGGAAUAUGUAUCGAAAACAAAACAUAGUAGGGCCGGUCACAUCAUGAGAAGAAUCGACGAUAGAUGGACUAAAAGAACGCUAGUGUGGAUCCUAAGAGAUGCUAAACGCCCUCGAAGGAGACUGCCAACGAGUUGGGGUGACGUGUUUGCUACACAGAUGGAGCAGCUGAGAGCUCAGCUGGAAACGGCUCAAGGAUCUCGUCAACGUCACUCGCGAAACUUGAGAACAUCCUGGAUGACAAUGGCGAGGGAACGAAACGAGUGGAAGAGGUGCUGGGGUUCGCACGUCCAGUGA